AGACGUCCCGGCUGUCCUCCAUCUCCUCUCUGAACUCCUACCCUCUCCGGACGGAAACGUCGCUGUUAAAAGUUGUUUUUUUCCUGUUUUGUUCUCCUUCGCAACCAUGGCUAAAAUAAACACCUGCCUCAAACGGACUUUUAUCGGGUUUAACCUGUUCUUCGCGAUUGUCGGGGGGAUCAUCAUUGGCCUCGCCGUGCUGUCACAGAUCUUCACCAGCAGUGAGGAAGACUCAAACAUGGAAAGCCGGGCCAGUGGCAUCAUCUGCCUGUACGUGAUGGGCGCCGUCACCAUGAUGCUCAGCCUCCUGGGGGCCUACGGGGCCUACAAGGAGAGCAAAGCGUCUCUGAUUGUGUUCCUGGUCUGCAUGAUCCUCGGAGCCUUGCUCAUGAUCCGAGCAGGAAUCCCGUCAGCUGUUGCACGUCCUCAGUUGGAGGGCAUCAUGGAGGAGAAGUUCAAGGAGAUUCUGCCUCUCAGCGACGCAUCCUUCCAGAUAAAGCACAUGGCCGACAUGCUGCAGGAGAAGUUGCACUGCUGCGGCCUGUUCAGCUACAGAGACUGGAAUGGCGACAUACCCUCUACAUGCAUCUGCAACCCCGAGGAGGAGGAGGAGUUUGAGUGCAGGAGGAUCGGCUACCAGUAUCUCACCCAAAGCAGGUCCAUCUACAGCAAGCCCUGUUUCCCCAUCCUCAUGCAUUACGUCCUGCUGCUGGCUGACAUCGUUCUCGGGGUCGUCUUCACUCUGGCUUCUCUGGCUGUUCUCGGCACGAUCCUGUCCUGCAUCAUGAUCCACCAGCUGCGCCAGCGCAACACAGCCACCAUCCUGCUCAGCGUUCCCGCCAUCUUCACCCCCAGACUUCCAAAGUACGAGGAGCUGCAGAACCCCCCUCCCCCCUACUAAAGGAGCAGCGCCGCCUCUCUGCCGCCGACGGGACGUCCCGCUUUCUCUGCUGUUAAUCCGACGCGGUGCGAGGACUGCGUCCACUAGUGCCUUUCAUUCCUGCAAGGAGGGGGAAGCUUCCAGACCUAACUCUGGGCCAGCAUUUAAAGUAUAUUUUUUAAACCAUAUUUGUGUUUUAAUAAAUAUAUCUUUGAGUUUGCACCUUUUUAUAUGUGUGGGGAAAUAAUAGAUAUAUUUUUAUGUUUGGUUUUAAUUUUCUGAAAAUCUUUUAAAAAAAAGACAAGUAGGUUGAAAUGUUUGUUUUCUUGGGACUCAUUAAAGUUCUGUUUGCUUCAGAUUAUUGCAAAUUAAAAGCACUGAGGAAGAAGCCAUAAGAUCUGUUUUGAUGAUGGAGAGUUAGAUCCUGCUGUUCUGUUGGUUCAUCCCACUCUGUUAACCUGCUGCCACAGCUCUAAGAUUAUGUUUGAUUUUUGUUUUUUAAUCAAAAAGGAUGUUAAAUGUUAAACUGAUCAAACUAAAUGUUGAACCUUGAAUGUUUUCUUGUUUGUUUGUGGAAAACGUGAAAACGACAUGUUUCUUUUCUGUCGUUCGUUUUCCUUGGAACUGAUUUCACUUGAGCUUAAAGGGAAAUGAAA